AUGUCGCUCGGAGGAAGAAUUUGCCUUUGUGUGCCGUAUAAGGAUUAAGGAAACUCUCAGUGGAAGCUGCCACGAGAGCUGCAUGGCUUCCACGUCUCUCUAUACUUCUGCACGUGUAAAACAAACAUCUCUUUGUGCUGCACUUUCUUAUCAACACCUUAACACUGAAACAAUUUACUUUGAAAUUUCAAACCAUUAAAGAGAGAGAAAAAGGCUUCCAUAUCUUUCUUUCAGCAUUUUUCAGCUUUGUUAGCUUCAAUCAGAAGCAUGUCUGCCACACCACGAUCUGCAUUAGAUGCUUUCAGAGAUAUAAUUCUAUGGAGGAGAAAGAAACUGAGCGCAACUGUCCUCCUCGUUUCAACAGCAACAUGGGUAUUGCUGGAAGUUUAUCAGCUCAAUUUUAUCACUGUUGCUUCAUGGUUGGCCAUGUUCAUCGUUGCUUCGCUGUUCCUUUGGGGAAAUGUACUAAGGCUCCUUGGCAAAGAGCCACCAAACUUGUCCGAUUUGGAACUCUCGAAGGAAACUGCCUUGGAGAUUGAAAACACUUGUCGAACAUUUAUCGAAGAAGUGAUAGGAUGGAUGUUUCAUGUGACUGUUGAGGGGGACUGGUUAGUAUUUGCAAGAACAGUCGUUGGGUUGUUGUUACUUUCCUAUGUUGGAAGCGAUUUGCUAACACUUCUUUACAUAGGCAUUAAGACGGCCAUGACAGUUCCUCUGAUAUAUGUGAAGUAUGGAGACCAAAUAAAGAGGUGUGGGGAGAGGGUGAAGGACCAAUUCAGAAGAUUGUACGAGAUGUUUGAUGAGAAGGUGAUAAGGAAGAUGAAGAGUAAAAUUGUCAGAGAAGAGAAUAAAGAGAAGAAAGUUGAGUAGUGCCUCUUGGAUUUUCUAGGCAUGCUAUCUGUAAUUUUUCUUCUUAACGUUGUCACCCUUCAUGCGCCCGUUCUUGAUCAGCUCCAAUUAUUAAACUGGCUUUCCCCCUGUUUUAUGAA